AUGCCUCGAAAACGCCCUUCCCGUACACAGCUUUCAUCCCGCACUCGCAAGAACGAGAAGCAGAAUCUAGCAGCCCUCAAAAGCGUCAAUUACGAACUUCAGGAUCACAAUGCGGACCCUCCGCCGCCAGUCGCUACGUACAAGACUGUACAUGUUCCACAGACUAACAAGAAACCCGCGAAACCCAAGCCCAAAGAACACAAGCCGGAGGGCGUAGACAAGAACCUGCACAACGCUGAGGUAGAUCCCAAGGCAUCCCAUGAAGUUGCUCCCGCUCUUGUGCCUGCUCCGGUACCUGGUACCGGUGCGCCCGCGAACCCGCCUCCACCUCCUACGGGCAACGUAUCCACAGCGCCGGCCGGUAUCGCGACCAACUACCUCGCACCGGCCACGCACGUCUCUCUUCCUCCAGCAUCAACCUUCACAGGCGCACCAGCUCCUACUAUUCUUCUCACGUCCUCCUCUACCCCGGCGCCCACCCUCCAAGCAGAGAACGCCGCCGCUGCCAACAACACCAAUACCACCUCCAAAUCUCCUCUAUCCACGCCCAUAAUAGCGCUUAUAGCAGUGGGCGGUCUCUGUCUUCUCGGCGCCGUCCUCCUUUGUAUCCGCAGCUGCGUCAAGAGCGCCCGCGCACGUCGCAAGAUUCGGCCAACGAUGUCGCUUCCAAUCCUGCAAAGUGAUGGGUAUGACGGUGACGCCGAGUCCCUUCAUCCAGUCAACUCUGAGAUGACAAUGAAGCCUCGCGUGCUUGCGCCUGACGAGUCGCCCUUGUUCGGUGGUGCGGAGCGGUACUCGCUCACACGCAACGGCGCGGGCAGCGGGCCUGUCAAGUGGACACAGUACCAGUCUGGUGUGCCGGAGAAGCACACGCUCGGGCUCAACUUCGAUAACUAUCAACAGUCACCUCCUCAGCAUCCUGCGGCAGAGAUCAAAGUCGCGACGCUCGCCACGGCUGCGUACGCGCAUGCUCAGCCUGUUUCGGUAUCUCUUCCUCCCGCUACGUCUGAGCGCGGGAUGAAGUACAAAUCGCGCCUGUCAACUCUUACGCUCGCGCAGGAGCCGCCGGAAGAGUUCACCGGCGCGAUCGGUGUCGCGCUCAGCGGCGACGAUCUCGCUGGCGUUGCAUACGAUGACAAUGCGGUCGAGGAUGAUGAGGAUAUCGCGGUGAUCACGCCCGUCCCGCCCGCUGCGCGCCGGCUCAGUCGCAGCGCGUCAGGUCGCGAAGCUCGUCGGCGCUCUCGCAGUGGUCCAGAACGCGACCCGCGUAGGAGCACGUACCACGCCGACCAAGGUAAUGGUGGCCUGGCAUACGAGGACUCUCCCGCACCCGACGCCGCAGGCCGCGCGAGGAUCAAAGCACCGUACGACGUCCGCUCUCACAGCCGCACGUCCUACGCGCCCAACGCUCACACGUCGUACGCGACAACUGCGCCCGGAGCGCGCCUGUCAAUGUACGCCACCGGCGCAGGCUACGACAACAACGACCGGAUCCCACCUCUGCCGCCCGUCCCGCCGCCGCCCGGCCGCAUUGGCGCGCUGGCUACGGCCCUGGGCAUCGGCAGUCCGCCGGCGGCACACGCGCAUGACGCGCGGGCGACGUUGUACCCGGAUGAUUCGCUGAGCCGUCAAGCGAGCUUGGCCGUCCCUCGCAAGCCUGCGCCGAACGUCACGCCUGAUUAUCUCGGCGAGCGCUUGGGCGACCGCGAUAGGGACAGAGACCGCGAUAGCGCGUUGCUCGGGAGCCCGUCGACGUCGUUGGGCAGGCUCAUGUUGGGCUCGUCGUCGCCGCAGCCUGAUCAGGCUUAUGGCGGGACUGUGCCGCUGCCGAGCUCGCAUUCGAGGAGCGGGGAUCGCCCGCCAAGGGUGCCGUCGCCGCCUGCACUGCCUUCGCUCGCUCAGAUGGCGCUCGUGAACCAAGAUGGGUUCGACGACUACAGAAGCCCAACGUAUAGCAUAUACGGGAUGUACGAGGCCGAUAGGAAGAGCCGGGUUCAGAGUCGUGUGCAGUGA